CAUCGAUUGAAAAGAUGGCGGACGAUCAAGAUCCAGGUGAAAGAGUGAGGAAACUAGUGCAGUUUGCAGGACAAGUACACGUUGAUAACAGUAUAGCGCCCAAGAAAUACUUUAGGUCGGGUAUCGAAAUGGAGAAAAUGGUGAGUCUUUAUUCUCUUAUUCAUAUUAUUCACAUAACAAGCUUACAACGAGCUGCCGCCAAAUUUCGCAAGCUGGCAUCGAUAUAAAUCAACCGUAAACUUUUAAAAUCAUGCUUUCCUUUUUGAAUUUUAUGAUAUGAAGAACUGUAAGUUCAUUGUAGUUAGUAAUUAUUUCAGUUUUUUGGCUUAUUCGUUUUAACUCUUAUUUGCAAACAGCGUGCAUCAGCUUUUUUUACAAGUUCAUUACUCGAAAUAUACCAGUACUGUCAAUUCUAAAAAUAGGAACUGAAGUAAUUUUUUUUCAUAAAGGAUAAUACACAACAGUGUUUUUUGUUAUAUGCACAUCCGUAAAAGUCACUCAAAGUUUGGGAUUUCGUAGCCAGGGAUCGUUUCACUAAACCCAUUUCAUGGCAUUUUCCGAUCUACCAUUCAGCAAGUUUAUUUUUGUACGCGUACACUGUACAGAGCUCUGUAAUUCUCUUAGAGUGUUUAAGUCCACCAGGAACCUUUAUAAGUCUUUAGAGAAUUAUAAAUUCACCUUAUGAUACCAUGUAUAAACUCAUUUUAUAAUUUUUUAUUAUUUUUUUAGUGUCCUCAAUUAGCUUUUAUAAGCUAAAGACAUCAACACUUAAAUAAAGUUGUUAUGUUGUUGUGUUAUGUUAUGCUGCAAAUUUUGGAACUUGACAGCAUGCAAAGAAAGGUGUGUCCAAUAGCCUGGGGCUAGUGGACUUUGCUAUUGGGCUAGUGAUUUUUGUUCUUAACUUGCCCAAUGGGCAAGUACUGUUUUUUUGGGAAAUUCAAAUUACAGAAGGAUUGAAAUCAAUCCUCUCACUACAAAAGGAUUUUGGGGCUAGUUGAAAUGACUUGUGGGCUAGCGCAUGCUAGCUACAGCUUGUCCGAAUGGCAGGCUGUAAAACUGACUUUCUUUGCACCCAGCUGCUUGAUUAUUCUCAAUAAAUAAGGUAUAGUGGUGUGAAAACAAGCUGUUUGAACUGGCUGAAGACGAAAUGACAAGACAUAAAUUUUUCAACCUCCCCCCUCCCCUACCUAACUUCCUGACCACGAUCCACAAGAUUUUUUCCACUAGUGGCUUUUGGGCAGAGCUAGCCUAGCCGAGCAGUUAGAGUGCUGGAAUUGUAACUAGGAUGGAGACCCCUAGUUCAAUCCACUCUCCAACCACCAGCUGGCUUUGUUUUUAGAAGUCCUGAAUUCAACUCUUUGGUCACGCUUGUAAACAGGUGACUGAUUUGCCUGCAGCCAGUUGUGAUUCUUAACCUUGUAAACCACAAUGAAAACUAUUGGUUUAACAGCUGUAAUUGUGUUACCCCUAUAGAGUCAUUUGUUUCUUAUGAAGACAAUAGCCGAGAGUAGAGAGCAGUUAUGUGAACCAGAAAUAAGCUGGGUUGUGACCUUGAUGUUUUUGCUUUACUUAAUUUACUAUUAGUUUUUGAGAAAGCUAUGCUAAAUGACCACUGUCCAUAAAAAUAAAGUACAGUAAAUAUUGAUUUACUUAUUUUUUACUGACACGUGGCUUGGGAACCUGUGAGUCCUUGACACCUUCAACUGUGCAACGAUAUGUUCUGGACAAAUUCUUUGAUGUACGACCAGAUGUUGUACAAAUAUUUUUGGGCUUGCAGCCCCACCUGAGUUGGCAUACAGUAUAUGCAGUUCCUCAACAGUUUCAUGAAAGCUAAGCCGGCUCCUUCCAACUGGCAUUACCUCACUGAUCAUAGACCCCUGUGAUAUAUAUUAGACCCUUUUAAGGGGUUGCACAAUGUCCUUUACAAGUCUGAGUUUCAAAAACCUUUAGUUACACAUAUUUGAUGAGAAAGCCUUGUCCAUGUCGCAGUUUCAAAGUAUCUAUGAGUCAUUUGUUGCCACUCCAGCUGUCUUAAAAAUGUCACCGUUUCAAGGCCAUGUGGCUUGUUAGAAGUUAACCAUAACAGGGCCUCAUGCACUAGCUAGCUAGCUCACCUUUUUUCUGUUCAACUCUUGGAAUGUAGGCAAGGAUUUACCAUGAUGAAGGAGAUUUGGAGAGGGCGUUCAUUUUAUAUUCCAAGUUUAUAACGUGAGUAUAGUGUAGUUAAAUUAUUGAAAGUAUGAUCAUACCUGGCUUAAAAAGAGCUUCUACAGUGUAGCUCCAUUAUAGUUGAUAACAAUCAUGAUGUUGUAGUUCAUAGUGUUUAUAGGGUGCCCGGUCGAGCUCCAAUGUGCCACCAGCUGGUAGAGAUGCUCAGUCACUCAUUAAACAUGAGUUCAUUUGCUCUCCUUUUCCAUCACAAGUCCUAGGAUUUCAUGGUAACAAUCGUUUCCGGUACCGUGUUGUUACCGUGGUCUUAAAAUAAAGGGACACUCUUUCUGGGUCCUGAAAUCUGGAUUUAACCUCCUUUCAGGAGACACCUUAGCACUCGAAAAGUGACUGACCACAAAAAGCGUGGAUAAGUUAAAGUGAAUGCUAGUCACAAUGACGACAACUUUCACAACAUGAACUAUUAAUCGAUGUACCACACUUGUGGGAUUUUAACACAGAAUUUUGCAGAGAAAAGUUGAUCAUGCAUUAUUUAACUGUUUGAAAUAUUGACCACAGCAGAUUUGGAGGCCGGAUAAAAGAAAAAUACAUUUUAUACGUAAGUUGACUAUUAACAAACCCCAGUCCAACCUCCAUUCAGGGAACACUUUCCCUGGUCCGGAGGGUGUCCCCUGAAUAGAGGUUCUACGGUAUAUGGUAAUAACCUGGAUAUUGCCAAACUUUUUCAUAGCAAACAUAUUUUUCCAGUCUCUUGACAACUCAUUAUAUAAAGGCUCCACUGUUACAAAGCUUUCAGCUGUACCUGAGCUGCCUAUGAAAUAUUGCAUGUGUCCUCUGAAAAUUGAGGUAUGUUAAAUUAUGUGUGGUUUGCAGGUUGUUUGUGGAGAAGCUUCCAUUACAUCCAGAGUAUGCUAAAGCACCACCAAUUGAUAAAGCAAACAACAAGAAGGUCAGUUGUUUUUCAGUGUUAAUAGUACAUGUUGGUGAUUUUAGUUGUAUUAAAAAACAUACAAUUGAGGUUAAGGGAGCAGGGGGAAAAUGUUUUUUUUAGAUCCUCAGGGGUAGCUGGCAUAGGAUAUUUCUGAGCUAAUUAUUUACUGCAGGUAAAGUUUAUGACAAAAACAGGAGAUCCCCUGGUAUCUUACUCUUAAGUCUUUCCAAGCCAGUCUUGAAAGCAUUUGAAUUCCCCUGAAAAGAGGUAAUGGCCAGGUGCUCUCCUCUUCUUCUUUUUAACUCUUUCUGUUGUGAAUAUGCCUUAAAAUUUUUGAGGCUGUGGCCCCUUGGUCAUGAGAAAAUCAUCACAGACCUCAGAAACUCUUGAUAAUUACGUAUUUUUUUGUGUGUGUUUUGUAGAGCCUCAGAAAGGCGUUCAACUUGGCAGAGGAACUAAAAGGAGUUUUAAAGGAACGAUAUCAGCAGGAAUACAACCAGUUCUUAGCUGAGCAGACCAAAAAGGUAAGAUCCAUAACCAAAAGUAACUUUAUUGCAAAGAUGUAUUUAUACCUAUAUCGAUCAAAAAAUGAAAAAAGUUUAUGAUUGAUUAAUUAUGCAUUUAUAAAUACAUGUACAUAUAUGAUUGAUUUAUGUUCCAGGUGUUAUAUUGACUUUUCCUAAAUAUUUGGCAUUAUAGUUCUAAAACUUGUCAGUGUUGGUUUGCAUCAUAAAAGUUGCUCCACAGUAUUAGCCUGGAGUCACACAAUCAACGUUUUUGUUACAAUAUACAGUCAAAGCUCUCUUGCAAACAACACUCUUGUUACAACUCUGCACUGGAGCUUUAACUUCAAGUCAUUGAUUUGCUAUACUUAUUGUAGAAAGAGGAGGAAGAAGCAAAAAGGAGAGAGCUUGAGAAGGCACAAGCAGAAGAAAGAACAAGAAGAGAGCAGGAGGCUCAAAGAAUUUUACAGCAACAGAAUAAAACCGAGACACCUGCAGACACAGGCAUGGCUACAGUUGUCACCCCAAGUGCCCCUCCAUUGAUUGGAGAUUAUCCAGCUCCACCUGUGUCACAUCAGGAAUCAUCUUUCAGUGACCGGACAGAAGUAGGUGGGAACCAGCGUGAACACACUGCACCCAGUGAUGUUGGACAGACACAUGAAACUGUGCAGCCACCAAGCUAUUCAUCACUCUAUUCUGUACCAACUCCAAGGUGAAAAGAUCAGCCUUUUGACAUGGGUAACGAUAGAACAAAUACAAAUUAUUUUUCUUCAGAAAGUGAACAUAGGCAACUCAUAAAUAUCUGAGUUCUCCUAACAGGAGACAAAACUAUGACCUAGUCCUGAUGCUCUACCACUAAGCUACAAAAGACUUGCUUUGUGAGGGCUGAGGCCAUAAAACUCAGUUUUUGUGAUGAAAAUGUUCGCUACUGCUACAGCUGCUGGACCAGAAUAUAAUAUUGAUAGGUUGCCCUAUGAGUGCUAUGAGCAUUAAUGUGAUGGUGAAUGUUAAGCUGUGUGAUUAUAAGAGAAUGAUGUGCAUUCCUACAUUCCUCUUUCUGGUGCCAUACAGUUUAAUCAAGACUUGCUUAUAGCUUUUAUUUUUAUCAUUGUACACAUGCAAGUCAGUAAUUACUUGAUUAGUGUUAUAUAUUUUUUUUUUUCAGAGUGCCAUCAGUUGACAGGUCAACUAAACCAGUGAUGGCUUCAGGUUAGCAUGCAUUUUUGAAUUUAUGUAGCAGUGAAAUCUCUAAAUACAUGAAGGCAUAUCUAAACCUAGCGAGUGAGGGUGGUGGUGUACAUGUGUACCAAAGACCGGAUGGGUGCUUUUUUGAAUCAAAAAGCAAGGGGUUGAGCACACUUUUUCACAAUUGAAAUUUCAAAUUUCUGAAGUCACCA